AUGCACCCACCAGUCUCACGUACUGAUAGUGCCAUGGAAGAGGAUACCAUCGUUGAAAAGAAAUCAGUUGCUGAUUGGCAAGAAAAGGCUGUUGGUGGCAAUGUUUACAUUGAUGAGGAUCCAUUGAAGGAUGAAGCUGAACAAGAAAGGAAGCUGGUAAAAGCCUUGGAUAGGCGAUUGCUACCAUUAUUCUGUGUGUUUUACUUUACGGAUUUUCUCGAUCGAGCCAACAUUGGUAACGCAACGAUUGGUGGGAUUGAAGAAGAUCUCAAUCUGACAGCAACACAAAUGAGCACCAUUAUUUCAGCAUUCUAUAUCACCUAUAUCUUGUUUGAAGUACCAUCCAAUAUCAUCCUCAAGCGAACAAGUGCAGUGAUGUGGCUAUCGACUAUUAUGCUGGUAUGGGGAGUUAUCACCUUGAUCAUGGGAUUCAUUACAAGCUUUGGAGGAUUGCUAGCAGCACGUUUGGUUCUUGGUGCUGCCGAGAGUGGCUAUAUCCCGGGCAUGUUGUAUCAAAUGUCACGCAUGUACAAGCCUGGCGAAUUGAGCAGCCGAAUUGGGAUUUUGAUUUGCAUGGCGUGUAUUGCUGGUAUUGUUUCCGGUCCUAUCGCUUAUGGUACAUCAUUUCUUGAGGGCCGUAACAAACUUCAUGGAUGGCAGUACUUGUUUAUUCUCGAAGGUGUACCAACCAUUGUCCUCAGCAUUGUAUCCUACUUUUCGUUGUUUGAUACUGUUGACCAAGUGAGCUGGCUCACGUCUGAACAAAAGGCUUUGCAACACAAGCGGAUGAUGGAUCAAGAGCAAGGGGAUGGUAGUAGUAGCAAGAUCGGAUGGGGAACGAUAUACAAAGCUUUUGCGGAUUGGAAAACGUGGUUAUUCGCUGUUGUGUACAUGACCAAUGCUGUCAACUUUUACAGCUUUGCCAUCUUUUCGCCUAUGCUCAUUGACGGAUUUGGUUUUCCGGUGCUCACUUCGCAGUUGUUGACAGCUCCUCCAAAUGUAUUGGGUGCAGUGGUGAUGUUAUUAAGUGGACGGGCAACCGAUCGCCUACCCAAUUGCAGAGCCAAGAUCUUAGUCUCUGGAUUUCUAAUCAUGGCGCUGGGAUACAUGAUGUUGUUGGUAUUGCAUGAUCGAUGGGCUCUUUAUGGUUCUCUAUUUAUUAUUCCUGUGGGAUUUGCCUUGAUUGCACCUGCUGUCCUUGGCUGGUCGGCUGUCAAUUUUGAAGAUCUAUCAGUGCGUGCAGUAGCAGUGGCAAUUGUAGUCAUGGUAGGAAAUACGGGUGGCGUGAUGGCGUCCUAUUUGUAUCCAUCUACAGAUGCUCCCCAUUAUGGCUUUGGAAAUGGGUUCAAUAUCAUUUGCGCCGUGCUUGGUGCAACUGUGUCAGGAUUUACAGGAUACAUGCUCUGCCGAGAGAAUAAACGCCGUGAUGACCUAUGUAGCAAAAUGCAUGAACCGCCUCAAGAACUCAAGUAUCGUUUCUAUUACUAA